ACUUCGACGCUGAACAAAAAGCUCUCCGAACAGUGUCUCCGUCGCUCUUUCGACGACGCACGCUGCCGGCUGCUCGGCUCCUCUCAUUGGCGAUUCCACAGUGGAAUCUCCACAAUUUCCUCUUCUUCUACUAUUCUCAAUUUUGUAGGACAUAAUGUGAUGCAUUAUAUUUGAUCCGUGACAUAAUGUGAUGCAUUAUAUUUGAUCCGUUUGAUAUUCGGUCCCCUAAAAAAGACGCCGACUGAGAAAUUGCCCAUAUUUGCCCUUUUCCUGCUUCUUAGCCUUUGACGCGAUUUCUUCCUUCUCCUUGGAUCUUUUUCGCCUCCGUCCAGCGCCGCUUUGUCUGAGCUCCGGCCUCCUUCCAGCGAUCAAUUUAAUGGAACCAUCAUCGGAGGAAGAAUACGAGACAUUUAUAGAAAAGGUGGAAAGAACAAUUUACCUUGACAACAUCUCAAAUCAGGUGACUGAAGCUGUUUUAAAAACUGCACUUGAUCAGUUUGCAACUGUCAAAAAUGUUCAGUUUAUCCCCACAUACUUCAACUCAUGCACCAUUUAUGCUGCUUUAGUGGAAAUGGAAACAGCAAAACAAGCUCAAGAAAUCGUGAAAGAAAUAAGUGACUCACCAUUUAUGAUAUCUGGUAUGCCAAGACCUGUGAGAGCACAAAAAGCUAAAAUUGAAAUGUUUGAUGAUCGCCCUAAAAUGCGUCGCGAAAAGAUUGUAUGUUAUUGGAUGGAUCCAAGUCAUCCCAACUUUGAUGUUGCCAAAAAGUUAAAGAAUUUGACCAAAAAGCAUGCUGUUGAGGCCUCCUUUCUCAUGGAGAAACAAAUGGAAGAAGAAGAGAAGUUGCAUAAUCAACAGGAAGUGAGUUUGAAAGCAAAUUUUAAGAAGUAUGAGUUGAUCGAUAGUGCACAAGGUGAUGGGACAUUUAGGCGAUUGGGAGCUCGUUAUGGUUCAAGCUAUAAUGAUUUUUGAUUUUUAGAUUAAAAUAUAAUGGUGGAGUAGCUUUUAUCGUUUUUUUUUUGUCUUCUAAGAAAUUAUUCUAAAUGCACAUGUUAUACUUUAGGCUAUCUAUGUGAAUGUAUAAAUGUUCAAAUGAUGCUUUAAGCACUACUAUUAUGUUAGGCUAUUGGAUCUGGUGGUUAAAAAUGUUUA